AUGAAGAAAGGAACACAAGAAGUAACCCCUUGUAAUGUCCCGACUCCACAACCUCAUCACACAAAAUCAUUGGGUACAAAUGCAAGGAAUUCAAGUGAAGUUGUCAUGGGUGGAGGAAGUGAAGGUGGAGGAAAUGAAGGUGGUGUUGCCAUUGAUGGAGGAAAUAAAGGUGGAGUUGCCACUGAUGGAGGAAAUAAAGGUGGAUUUGCCACUUGUGGAGGAAGUGAAGGGGGAGGAAGUGCAAAUGUUGUUGUUGAACAACCAUAUUUAGAUAUUGUACAAGGAAACUUGGCCGAAACAAGUGUUUCUGGUACAACAAUUGAUAAGGGUAAAGGUGUAAUUGAGAAGAAGAAGAAGUAUCCACCAAAAUACUCGGCAAGACAAAUCAUUGAUGAUAUGGAGUUUUUACCUCUCAAGAAGAAUGAAAGUCCUUGGGACUGUCUUGUGUGGGACAAACUUGAAGCGGAAGAAGAGUUUGAGAAUUUAAUGGUCCCUGAACAAAGAUUACGUUGGAAUCGAGUUAAAAGCAUAAUAAUCCCUGAGAAAGUAGGUUUAUAUGCUUAUGAAGAGAACCGACCAAUGAGAAGUAAGAGGUUUAGGUCUCCUUCGUCUAGCGACGACUCGGAUACUCCCUCCGGAGAGCAUGUUAAAUCAAAGCACGGAAAAGGUGGUCGAGGUGGAGGUAAAAAAGAUGAAAAAGGUGGUCGUGGUAGAGGUGAAAAAGGUGGCCGUGCUGGAAAAAGUUCUCGAGGUGGACGUGGUGGAAGUCAAAAGACUCCAAUUCAAGGUGGCAGUGAAAGAGGCAAAAAAAUUACAGUUUGUUAG